AUGGUCGGCAACAAGAUUCGCUGCGAGAACGGCGGCGAGUGGAAGGCCAGAGAGAAGUUUUCCCACAGUGCCCUUCGCAAGUACCAGAAGAAGUUGGGCAACGGCAUUGCCACCCCUGCCCAGUCGACUAUCUCGUGUCUCGAGCACAGCUCUGGCAACAAGGCGCCCGAGAUGAAGUGUGAGGGACCCUGUGAUCGCUGGCGUGAGCUGGACUUUUUCAGCAAGUCCACCCGCCGCAACAAAGUCUACGUAUGUAUUCACCGUCCAUGGUUUUUUUUUUUGGGGGGGGGGGGGGGUGGGGGGAACCUAAGUCCUUGUUCACCAGCACACCUUGACGAUACGAGAGGGGCCAAAUGGCUGUGUGUAGCGAACUGA